UGCAAGGUCAUAUAUUUAUUGAGUGUGACAGCAGUAUAAUAACUAAAGUAGGAGUCAGGUUUCAUAGAAGACAGGGAGUGCUUGUCUGGAUUUACUGCUCAAUAACACUGUAUUGAAUUUCUGCUAAGAAUUAUGGAUGAUAAGGAAAACCUUGAUGAAUUCAGGGAUACCUUCUCCCUUUUUGACAAGAAAGGCGAUAAUAGGAUAGAGCGUGCUCAGAUUGGGGAAGUUGCCCGUGCACUUGGACUCAACCCAACAGUGUCAGAGGUCAAAAAGAGUAUUCUAGACAUUCCCGAUGAGAGAGUAAGCUUCGAGCAGUUUCUUCCCAUCUACCAUAGCAUGCGUAAGAAGAUCGAUGCUGGGUCACAUGAGGAAUUCAGUGAAGGCCUUCGCGUCUUUGAUCGUGAAGGCAACGGCUUCAUCUCAGCAGCUGAGCUGAGACAUGUCUUGACGAGUCUUGGUGAGAAGCUGACUGAUGAUGAGGUCAAUGAACUUAUUAACACAAUUGAAGAUUCCCAAGGACAGGUCCAAUAUGAAGAGUUUGUAAAGAUGGUGAUGGCCAACUAAGUUUUCCAGAGUCCCCUGUCCAUAUCCCAUGGUACCAGCGUACGUUUAAGUUUCUUCGACAAAGACUUUUGCAUAGAAUAUGAUAAUAAAAAGAAUUAAGACAGUUAAUAGUAACAAGAAAUCUAUGCAGAAACAUAGAUGGUGCAAUGCACCCUGAUCGUCACAUGCAAAAGCUUAAGUAUUCUAAAGACAACAGGAAAUACGCUUAAAGAUUAUCAACAAUUGUUUGCAAACUAAAUUUAUUUGUGACAAGGUAACGCCAAUUUUUAAAGAUAUUGAACAUAUUAAUAAAAUUAUAGUUAUUCAUUGUAGAGUUAACCAUAGGCAGUUUAGAAUAUGAAUAACAUAUAUUUUGAUAGUUUAUUUACUUAAAAAAAGAUAAAUUGCUAAUUUUACCCAAACCAAUCAAGAGUCAACCUUAGUCAUAUUCUUGUUUAUCUUUCAAAGUAAUUUGAAAUGUGUAAAUAGUUUGCACAUGGGUGGAAGAAAGGUUUAUGAAAGAGUUUUAAAAAUUCAAAUUCAGAUAAGUGCCAUACUUAAGAGUGUGCUUAUUUCAUUAGAAAACCUUCAUUCUGGGUACAUACAUUUAAAUUAUGCUGUUAAAAAUAUCAAUAUUCAAGAAAUACAAGUACAGUAGGUUUAUACUUUUUAUAUAAGUUUUUAGUCUUCCACAGCAUUUUAGUACUGUAGUAUUGACAGUUAUAAAGUACCCUCAAUGAACUUGUUAUUAUGUUAAUAAUUUCAAAUUAAUAUCACAUUUGUGUGUGAUUGUGGCCAAUAACAUCCAUGCUAAAUACCACAUGAUUGCAAGAUAAAGGAAUAAAGAUCAUUUAUGAGUUUAUACACAGUACAAUGGGAUAGACAUUUAGUAUCACACUGUCAAAAUGUUGUGAAUAAAAAUAAAUAAUUUAAUUGUCUACUUUCAAAUUCAGCAUUCCUGUCUGAUAUUUAUAUUAAAAUAGUUUUCAGUGCUUUGUAGA